GCAGAGUCGACGCGCCAUCGGACGACUUUCGUUGCUGCUUGUCUUUAACCAUCAUGUCUGGCGCGCCAAUAUUCAAGAUCAUACCAACCAUACAGGACUAUGACUGGGGGAAGGUCGGCGAGGCGUCGAAGGUCGCGCAGCUUGCCGCAGCGGCCAAGGUGCCAGGGUUCACGCUGAACGACAAGACGCCAUACGCGGAGCUGUGGAUGGGAACGCACCCAAAGUCGCCUUCGGUACUUGCUUCAGAUGCAAGCACAACACUAGCCAAAUACCUCGCGACGCACCCUGAGCUUAUGGGCGAGAAGGUCACCGAGAAGUUCAAGGAUGAUGACACGAAGGAGGGGAACCUCCCCUUCCUUUUCAAGGUCCUCUCAAUCCAGAAGGCGCUCAGCAUUCAGACGCACCCCGACAAGCAGAAGGCUGGUAUAUUGCAUAAGGAGCAACCUGAUAUCUACAAAGAUCCCAAUCACAAGCCAGAAAUGGCCCUUGCGCUGACGCCUUUCAAGGCGAUGUGCGGAUUUCUCCCUUUAGACAAGAUUACGCACCAUCUCAAGACCACACCUGAGCUCGCUGCCCUCGUGCCGAAAUCUCUAGUUAACAACUUCGAAGUCUUAACCACCGCCUCUGCCGCGUCGUCGGACCGCGACAAUAGCGACAACACAAAGGGGAUCCUCAAAGAGCUAUUUUCGACCGUGAUGACUCUUCCUGAAUCGACGCACGGCCCGCAACUCUCCGCGCUCGUGUCGCGCUACAAGUCUGGCAACCUGAAGGAUGGCGAGCUCAAGGACGUCGCUGAGCUCGUGCUCAAGCUCGAUGCGGAAUUCCCGGGCGACAUCGGUAUCUGGUGUGCCUUCCUGCUCAACUACCUCACCCUGGAGAAGGGUGAGGCAAUCUUCCUUGGCGCGGGCGAGCCGCAUGCCUACGUUUACGGUGACAUCAUGGAGUGCAUGGCGAACUCGGACAACGUCAUCCGUGCUGGGCUGACGCCCAAGCUUCGCGAUAUCCCCAAUCUCGUCGACGGCCUGACGUAUGUGCCGGGCCCUGGGACGAAGCACGCGGUGCAGCCCAGCGCCUUCUCCCCGCCAUCGCGCUUGUACGACCCCCCGAUCCCUGAAUUUUCCGUGGUCAUGACGGCGCUGGAGGCGGGGCAAUCGGACACGCACCGCGUCGUGGAAGGUCCCAGCAUCGCGAUCGUAACGGAGGGUGCGGCUACGGUGUCUUGGGGCAGUGGCGAGCUUCCAGUCAGCGUAGGGGACGUCUUCUUCGUUGGGAGCGGCCUGGAGCUGUCGGUCAAGGCGUCCGACUCCCUCGUCCUCUUCAGGGCGUUCGUGGAGGCAUGAGGGAACGGCUGCGCGGUCUUGGCUGCGACCUCACCGCUGAAAGGCGGCGCUCGAGUAGAUGAGGGCAUCGCGCGCCUCGGCAGAAGCAAACGUGUACGUAUAGAAGGGAAUGGAAUUGUACUGGUAUGCGCGUAGCGGCGAGCGUGCUGCAGGACGGUGUCUUGUAAGCGCAGGGAGGCGCAGGGUAAGCGGCGGGCUUCUUUCUGGAAUACAUGUGUGAUGUAUGAUCCGUCUUCUCGGGACCACCGGGGUCGGACAAGCC